AUGCAGCUCCAAAGUUGCCAUUCACAGCGAAUCGCACAGCUGAAAACGGAUUUUAUAUUUGCUAAAACUAACUUGCGUUUUGUUUCUGUGCCGCUCUUGGUAUUAAAUUAAUUGAUUUAGGUAUUUUCGUGUAUACUUCUUGUGUUAGUUCAUGUCAAAGUUAAUUUAUGAUUGUAGACUGCAAAAAUCAGUGCAGGUGAAGAGUGUAACUAUCAGCAUCAUAAAAGAGGGAGGCAAUUCGAUGUUAUCGCUUGGUACGAAGUUUUCUAUAUCUAAAUACGAAACAAUGGAAAUCAAUUGAGGCACGUCAAUGUCAACGUCAGUUGCACAAAAUAUUAACAGCAGCACUUAUCGACCAAUUCGAAGUGUAAGUGGAAAUGUGAAGAUCAAUCGCAAAUUGGGGACCCAAAAACAGGAACCGUUUGAACUAUAGGAGGUACAAAUGCGUGCCGCUGGUGGACUUGUGCAGUCUAAUGCUAGUGUGGAGCCAGUUAUGUCACGUCUUGAUUAUGAGCAGACUGCUCUGCAUCAUAGCUGUCUCUUGGUGCUGUUGCGCGGCGUGGGACCUUCACGUGCCCGCAUUUUGCAACGGGCUUUUGAGAAGGUGCGACGUGUCAAUAAUAUCAAAGUAACGGACUCUAGCGGCACCGUCCGUACGGUUUAUUUUCGCUUUAUUCAUGAUCAUCCCGUGGAGCAUAACGAUUGGGGUGACUUUCAAACCCAUCGUCGCUUACUCGGCCUCAUAACUAUAGGAAAAUUUGAGAAUCAAACGGAAUUGAACGAGCUGUGCCGUCACCAUGAAUCCCUAAAAGUUAGAUAUGGUAGCACGUUAUAUGAGUCACGUGCCAUAUUUUUUGGACCUGAUACCCAUACAUCAAAUGCAAAUACUAAAGGAGAUGCGCAAGCGGCGUUGCAAACAAUUGGUGAGAAUGUUGCAAACACGGAUCAAAGUUGUACGGAAAAGAAGUCCCAGCUUUAUGGUCGGCUUCAAGAUGAGUUUACCACGCCAUCCAAUUUCAAGUCGCAAGCGUUCUUUUACCGCGAGCAGGAUAUCGGCAUGGAUCUGGAAGCUCGUGUCGAAGAUUUUUUAAACGCAUUAUUUUGGGUACUGGAGUCGAGGCGUCUUGAACGAUCGCGUGAGAAGGCCGACAAGGUCAGUCUCCUUUUGGCGCCCUUUGAGAAACGUGAUUUUGUGGGCUUGGACAUGGAGUCACGCAACAACCGUAAACGUUGUGUGGGCCGCGUGAUGAAGAACUUGGCAGAUCUGUCACUGCAGGCUGGCCUAUUGGAGGAUGCACUUAGCUUGUACCACAAUGCCAACGAAACGCUGCGCUCAGUUGGCGAUUCCCUGUGGGUGGGUGCCACAGAAGAAGGUCUAUGCGCAGCCUCUGCUGUUAUACUGUAUCCACAAAUGCGGGAAAUCGAAGUAUUACACAGGAACGCAUCUCUGCAAGAAACAGGUGCUUCACAGCUGCGCACCACGCCGGAGAAAUGGCGUGCAAGCGACGCAACGAAGAAGAUAAAUGCGAAUGCAUGCACUGUAACUGCGACCGCCGGAUCAUUAAACUGCACAGAUGCUUUUACCUCCCAUUCAUCUUCCUGCUCAUCUGUUUCAUCCAUAUUGACAAAUAAUUCCUCAGCGUCGGGCACACCCACGACCUCGACGUCCUCUUCCUCGACAUCGACAAUAUCGGUAGCGCAAUAUGGCCAUCGCAAUGGCGAGCUACCUGGUAAUAUAAUAAAGCCUGAAGAUAUAACCAAUUAUUAUCGGAAGGCAAUAAUAAACUAUAGCAAGUAUCGACAUGCAGCAACCAUUGAAACAGAGGCUGCUCUAAAAGCUUCGCGUAUAUGUAUUGAGCAGAAUCGGCCGCUGGAUGUAGCCAUGUUUCUUCAAAACAUUCUGUAUAUAAAUCUGAGCAUGAGCGAAUCAGAUCGCGUUAAGCGAUUUGAAGUCAUAACGGAGUUAUAUCAGCAAAUCGGUUACCAGCGCAAAGCUGCAUUUUUUCAGCGCCUGGCUGCGCUAAAACAUGUACAACUGGGUACCCAAACACCGGACUGGACCCAGAGCUAUCGCCUCAUGCUAGGCAGCUUUACAGGAUAUUUGCUAUCUCUGGAUCCCCUGGAAGUACUGGAGAAUGCUGCUGGUUGGCCAGCAUUGCAAAUAGACCUUGUACAGAGUCUUAUAUCUGCAGCGAGACGUCUUGGAUACUCGGCGCUGGCUACGCGUCACAUGACAUUUUUGCUUCAAACGCAGUGGGACAAUAUGUCAGCCACUGAGCAAAGCGAAAUGGCUGUACAACUACAGAAUCUGAGUGCACAGUGUGAAGGUUCGCCAGUUCCUCUGGUGCUGGAAAAUGGGACUGUGAUUCCGCCCGCCAACCUUACGGAUUUACCCUAUUUAACUCACUUUGCUGUACGAGACUUACCUGCACAUUUGCGCCCGCAACGUAUUAAGAUUGCCAAAGCGGACAGUGGCCCAUUUUUGUUCACUCCCAUCCACUUCAACUCUGUUGAUCGCCGGGACAAGAAGAAGGAGAAAAACAAAAUAGACUUUCUAUGGGUGCAAAACGAUCUUUGCGAGGUAUGCCUAACCCUGCGCAAUCCCUUGCCAUUUGAGCUGGCUGUCACAGACAUGCGUCUGCUUACAAACGGAGUGGUAUUUGAAUCUGUGCCCCAGUCGGUUGUCUUGCAACCGAAUGUGCCUACACAAGUCUCUCUGCAUGGAACACCAAUUGAAACUGGACAACUGGAUCUGCAGGGUUAUAGUACUCAUACUCUAGGUGUCAAGUCGAACUGCCGACUAAAGCACAUGCGAGGACGCAACUUUCCGCCUAACUAUCUUGUGGAUGUGAUACCUGCCUUGCCAAGUAUUUCUAUUAAAACAUCGCUUCCACAGUCUGCAUCGUUUAGCAACAUGAACAGUGCAGACCUGGUGGUUACAUCUGCAAGUCUCACUCUAUACAAUGGUGAGUCCUCUAGCUGCAUUAUUACCAUAAGGAAUGAGAGUAACACAAUACCGCUGGAGCAUCUCGAAGUAUACAUUAAUUCAAAUGUGGAGCAGGAAACACAAAGAAAAAUGUUUCAAAUUAAUGAACAAGCGCUGGUGACUCAACUACCCGUACCUCCGCUAAGUUCUAUUGAGUUCGAGCUCGUUAUAUAUGCUGACGCUGAUUUCGUAUGCCCCCUACCAACGGACUCCAUAAAUUCAUUUGGUCCUGUGGCUUCUCAAGAAUAUGGAUCGUCUUCGUUUUCGCAGUACUCUAAUAUUUCCAGUCAAUCUGCUAGUCUACCGUCACGUGUCAGUUCACCCCAAUAUCGUCGCCAAGAUAAUAUUAAUGUUCGUUCAAAAAUAUCCGGGACUCAGUAUUCAAUGAACACUUUAAGCCUACAGACGAGCGGAGUAGGUGUUUCCUCCAAUGCUGGGUCGAGCUUACAUUCUACACAGAACAGUCAACAUGUGGAAGCUCAACUGCGCAUCAAGUUUUCCGGCGGAGAGGCGUUGGCUGAAGGGUUUUGUCGUCAGUGCGCGGUAUCUUUUAACCUUGAGCUACUUCCUAGUACAAUGAUUACAGGUUGGGAUGUGCUACCCGCAGAAAUCCCUUCGCAGUUCUACUUAGUUCUGGACAUAUCUAACUUAACCGCUCAAGAAAUGUCACUCAACUACACUGAUAACAAGAAUAUUCUCAUCGAGGCCAAAGAAAGUUGUCGAGUACCUAUCCCGGUUGACCGUUGUUCAUUGGAGCAAAUAUGUGUUGCACGUGCAGCUGAAGUUGCUGAGAAUCUGGAGCGCGAGCUGUGUUUCCGUACGCAAAUUCUUUCCUUCAAUGAUGCACUCAGCAAGCUUUGCUCAAACCAUAUAGCGGACCGUGUGAAAAUUAAUUGGCUACUGACGGGCACUGACAUAAAAGGCAUUGCCUCACUGCGUGGAAUCGUUCUGUCACAUGGCAUGGUGAAUUUGACCACAAUCUCCCCUCUUCAAUGGGCUAUAAGCUUUCAGGAUAUAGUAGUGCAGCCACACUGCGAGUUAAUGUGCAUCGUUGGGCAGAGUGCGAAAUUAACGAUCAGUCUCACAAAUCAAUCACUACAGCCACUUAAGCAUUUGGUAUUAACUAUCAAAUUCUACCAAGACUACUUAAACGGCAUAGAAAACUACAAUCUUGAGACACGCGUUGCAAUAUCUGGACCUAACCGAAUUACAAUCCCUAUUUUGGAGAAGUACGAGCAAUUGGAUCACAAUUGCUCUGUGAUAUUUUUUACGCCUGGUCGCUUCAAGGCCAACAUUGAGUGCGCAACUAAGCCCCAAGAGAGUGACAGUAUUUUGACACGUUCUUGUCCAGAAGCUACCAAUUUAAAUCAAUUAGGAACAAUGUCAUCUCCACCAGCCAAUUUAAACACUAUUUCGAGUUCUGGCCUUGACGAGCAUCAGGCGCAUAUAUGGAAAUUUAUACCACCCAUUGAGGUGACUGUUGUAGAGCCGUGAAUGAGUAAAUUGUUAAGGAUAUGUAGUUUAAUUUUGUUGCAUCUGUAGUUAUGUUUAUUUGUAUUUAUUUUCGUCUCACAUAAACCGAGUACUGUGAAUGUA